AUGAAAAGAAACGUCCGAGUGGUCAUCUCGCUUAUGAUUCUGAUAACACUUGUCAUUGCCGGUUGCAGCAGUAAAGACGAGGUGAGGGAGCCAUGGAGAUGGAGCUACUGGCCUGGUAACAACACUAAGGAAGUAAAGUUGUACGGCUAUUUGCUUGGGGAUGCACCAAAAGGAAUGCCUGAUGUAUUGGCCGCGUUGAACGAAAAGCUAAAGAAGGACAUUAACGCUACUGUAGAAUUAAACUACAUUAGUUGGGGCGAUCUGGCAUCUAAAUAUCCUCUCAUAUUGGCCUCAGGGCAGGAUGUGGAUUUCAUCUUCACGGCAGAUUGGAACUUCUAUGUUCCCGAAAGCAACAAAGGCUCUUUCAUGGAAUUGAAUCCAGAAUUGAUCCAAAAAUAUAUGCCCCGCUAUUAUGCAAAGCAGGAUUCAGCAGCGUAUGAAGCUGCAAAAGUUAAUGGAAAGCAAUAUAUGAUCCCCACCACGACUCCAGACCGAAAGGUCGCUGUCAUGGUUCUUCACAAAGAUAUUAUGACUGCGGCAGGGGUGAACCAACCAAGCAAACUAUCUGACCUGGAACCAUACUUUGCUGAAAUCAAAAAGAAUCAUCCAAACAUGACCCCGCUUAAUUUGGACUCUCAGUAUGAUCUGCCAGCACCGUUUGGCGCGCUGGUCAGCGAGAAAUUUGCGUACGGCGGUGCGCCAAUGGAUACAGGAGAUCCGUCAGCUACAGGGAAUUAUUCUGACCAAGAGGAUCCUUCUGGCAAGAUCCUGAGCAUCACUGAUGAGCCUGUUAAAAGUGCUUUUACGUAUGCAGCCGAGACAAUGAAAAGGUGGUAUGAUGCCGGUUAUAUUAACAAGAAUCCGUACGCUAACAAAAUUCGUUCCAAAGAUAAUUUCUGCGAAGUCCUUUCCCCAUCAGGACAUGCAACGACUAGCAGCUGGCUGAAUAAUGGCGUAGCGAUUGCGGCGAACUCAAAAAAUGUAGAGCGGACACUGCAGGCGUUAGAUCUGAUUAUGGAGGAUGAGUCUUACGCAUACACGGUCUACUAUGGAAUUGAAGGGCCUUACAAGUUUGUACAGUGGGACAAGGGACAGCAACUCAUUGUAGAGCGAAAUGAAGAAUACUACGGUGGAGUGCCUCCAAUUAAACGAAUCGUCUUGCUCUUUCUAAGUGAUGAUGCAGCAUAUGCAGCAUUACAAGCAGGAGAGUUAAUGUCAAAACUUCUGACUUUCGCUCCAUUGCUUUGCCUGUGCAACUACCAGGUGGAACAAGCGGUGAUGGCUUACCAGUGGGUAAUGCAA